AUGCCACCACCCAGAGCAGCCGCUGCCAUGGGAACCGUGGUCCUGGCCCUGGUCCUCCUGGGCACUGCAGCCGCCAUGGCCGACAACUGUCCAGAAGUGAAGGUGCUGGGGCUGGAGGCCGACAAGCUCACCAUCCUCCGGGGCUGCCCGGGGCUGCCCGGGGCUGCCCGGGGCCCAGGGGCCCAAGGGAGAGGCAGGCGCCGAGGGCAGGAAAGGAGACCCAGGCCCAUCUGGAGUCCCUGGGAAGGCGGGACCCCCCGGGCCCAAAG